AUAAAAUGAGGCAAUUCUUAGUAGUUCUUUGCAUAGCAGCUGCUAUUAGUAACAUAACGGCUAACGAUUAUUGUUCCAGUAAUCUUUGCGAUUAUGGUCAGCAUGUGGCCUGUGGACAUAAUGGAGAAUUUUCCUAUACUUGUCCUGCCGAUGCCGCCAUGGUGCCCAUGACCGAUUCUUUAAAACAUGUAAUUGUUGAUGGCCAUAAUGCCAAACGUAAUUUCAUUGCUGGUGGAGGUGAUGUCAAUCACAAACCUGCUUGCCGCAUGGCCACCAUGCAAUGGGAUGAUGAAUUGGCCUAUUUUGCCAGUUUAAAUGUUAAAAAAUGUCAAAUGAAUCAUGAUUCAUGCAGCAAUACUGCAGAUUUCCAUUAUACUGGACAAAAUCUUGCCUGGAUGGGUUAUUUUGAACCACUAAAUAGUGCAGCAAAAUUCAACGAAGCCAUUGAAAUGUGGUACUCCGAAGUGGCUAAAUCCAAACAAGAAUAUAUGGACUCAUUCCCAUCUUCUCAGUUAUAUUCAAUUGGCCAUUUCUCUGCUAUGAUGACUGAUCGUAAUAUACGUGUGGGUUGUGCUGCUUCCACUUAUUCCGUUCCUGGCCAAUCUUAUAAGGCUUUCUUGGUAGCAUGCAACUAUGCUGCCGCCAACAUGCCAAAAUUCCCCAUCUAUGUUAAGUGUGAUUGGCCAGCUAGUCAAUGUUCAACUGGCAACAAUCCAUCAUAUCCCAACUUGUGCUCUGUCUAUGAACAGUUUGAUGUUAAUUAUGGUUUUAAUUAA